CGCCGCCGUCGAUCCUCCACUGUUGUCGCCGUCGCCGACGAUGUCAAGGACAUGGACAACAACCUCAAACCCUCUUCCAAUCCCAAUCCGAUUUAGAGGGAAGGAAGAAUUGUUUACAAAGAGGAGAGAGAAGAUAGCGAAGGAAAGAAAAAGGAAAAAUGUAGCCGUGCUGUGUGUUGUGCGAUCCUCCUAAAUCGUAUUCCCUUGAUGCGAUUUAUUCUAGUCGUAACAAACCAACCAUCCGCCGUUUCAAAACUACGUCACUUUUGUUUUGUUUCAUUUUCCUACAACUACAUCACUUUUUUUACCGACUUAAAUCUCGCCUACGCUGCAUAGUCUCCUCUGUCAUCUCACCUUCCCUGGCUUACCUUUUCUGAGAAAAUUUUCCUGCAGGGAUUGUCAAUUUUCCCGGAAAUUUUGAUGGGAAAAACUGGAUUGUUUGAUUUGGAGACGCAAUUCGCCUUCUAUGGCGCAUAUCACAGCAACCCAAUCAACAUUUUCAUCCACGUUCUGUUUGUGUGGCCGAUUUUCUUCACCGCUCUCAUGUAUUUGUAUUUCACCCCUUCUCUCUACAGCAUCCCCAAAACCCUUUGUGGGUUUGAGCAUGGCCUGGUUUUGAACUUCGGAUUUCUAUUCACUUUAAUCUGCGCUGUAUCUUAUGUGGCUUUCGAUAAGAGAGCCGGGUCCAUGGCCGCCUUGCUUUGUCUCGUCUGCUGGGGUGGAGCAGGCUUCCUCGCCAACAGCCUUGGCUAUUCUCUCACUUGGAAGGUAGUACUGGCUGCUCAGUUGUUUUGUUGGACCAAUCAGUUUAUAGGCCAUGGAGUAUUUGAGAAACGAGCACCGGCUUUGUUAGACAAUCUUGCUCAAGCCUUUCUUAUGGCUCCUUUCUUUGUAUUUCUGGAGGUUCUUCAAAAUCUAUUCAGAUAUGAACCAUAUCCAGGGUUUAAUGCAAGCGUGCAAGCAAAGAUCAAAGAAGAGAUAAAAGAGUGGAAAGAAAAGAAGGAAAAGCUGUCAUAGGUUGAAUUGUCUAGACUUCGUCUUUGUAAGAAUAGUGUGGAAACAAAAUACUUCAGGUUGUGAACAAAAUAAUACAACAUUUUAGAAUCUUCCUUUGUAGGAAUAGUGUGAAAACAAACUACUUCAGUUUGUGAACAGAAUAAUACAUCUUUCUAUGAUGCUGUUGUUCA